GCGAGAACGAAGGAACGCUAGGCGGGCUGCUCAAACUCACGCACAACGGCAUCACUCGCCAGUAUGGCAUCACGCAUUACCACGCUACAUGACCUGGUGUUGAACAAGAGGAAGCUGCUAUACAACAAACAGACCAACACGGAAAUGGCCAUACCACAACCGAAACUGAAACCAAAACCAAAACUGAAAUGGUAUACUUCACGACAGACGACAUCACAGCCACCCGCAACGGCCUCGAGUCCAAAAAGGCCUGGCACGAAGGACACAUCCAGCGAUUCCAACAACACAGAGAGCAAACCCCCAACGACGUCCAAACUGCCCAAUUACUUUAUUAAAUCUGCCGCUCCUACCAACACUCUCGCCCCCAGUACGAGUCUCUAUCCCGAACCCUCCCAACCAAUCCCCUCCCCCUCGGUGACGUCCUGAUUCCCAGCGGACGAGGACUCUGGAAUAACCGUCUCUAAGACUGGUCCCUUAUUGAACUCGACCCGGAUGCCAGCAAGACAUUCGAUCAAUUGCCAUUGCCG